GUCAGGCACAGGGACAGGGCAGCUGGAGCUCCACACUUCAAAUCUUCUUUACCCAAGAAACUCUGCAUUACAGUCUUAGUGAUAAACAUUUAGGAGUUUCACGAGUCGCUUUACUUUUGUGUUUAGGCUUUAGGUAUGUAGACAAAGACUGGGCGCUAGUUCAGUGCUGGGCUGCCCCUGCCAAGAGCACGCAGGAAAAAAAAAAAAAAAAAAAAGAAGAAGAAGACGAGUGAAAAAAGAAAAGUCCGCAGAGCAGUUUUGGAGUUUAAAGUGAAGAAGCUAAGAGUGUCUGUCUGCAACUAGCAUCUGCACGCGAGCGAGAAGAAAGUCUGCGAGGACAGGACAGAAAAGUUUCGCAACUGAACGAGUAUCCUGUCUUGAUGAGGUACUGAGGAAUGCACAGUUGUCAUGGAAACCCAGUCCCAGACCAGUUCUACAGCAGAGAAGAAGAAGAGAGUGGAGACCAUUGUAGCCACCAAGAGCGUGCCCACCCGUGCAGAAAUCAGUGAAAAGGCUGUGGCCUCCAGCACUACCUCCAAUGAGGAUGACAGUUCAGGUUCCCCAUAUCAUCGUGAGAGGCGUAAUGCCAUCAGUGGGCAGGCUGCGGUUCUGGCCGUAUCAGGAAAACUUAGUGAAGAGCCAUCCACCUCUACAGAAGACCGCCCCCCAUUAGUGAAGAAAGAGCUUCACAGCUCUCUGCCCCACCUGGCAGACCACACCCUGCCCUAUCGGGGGACACUGUUCACCAUGGACCCUCGCAAUGGAUACCUGGACCCUCACUAUACUACACCUCAGUUCUUUCCUGCUUUUCAUCCUCCAAUACCAAUCGACGAUAGACAUGCACAAGGCCGGUACAUUUAUGAACCCUCACCAGUACCUCCGCUACACGUGCCCCCUGCACUGGCGGCCAGCCCGGCAUUUUCUGAUAUCUCCCUCAUCCGGAUCUCGCCACAUCGGAACCCUUCCGUGGGGGCGGAGUCACCCUUUAACCCCCCGCAUCCAUACAUUAACCCCUACAUGGACUAUAUCCGCUCGCUGCACAGCAGUCCCUCUCUGUCCAUGAUCUCUGCGGCCAGGGGCCUCAGUCCUGCAGAUGCACCCCACGCCAGUUUGACCACGGCGGAGUACUACCACCAAAUGGCCCUGCUUGCAGGUCACCGCAGCCCGUACGCUGACAUCAUUCCCUCAGUGGCAUCCGCAACAGGGCCUACAAGCAGUGCCCUGCAUAUGGAGUACCUACAGGCUAUGGAAACUUCACGAUUUCCAAGUCCUAGGCUCACAAAUCGACCCAGCAGAAAACGACCCCUUCCCAGCUCCCCUUCCCUGUCUGACCCCAGUUUUGACCUGCAGGCCAUGAUUCGCACCUCGCCCAACUCUCUAGUCACUAUACUUAAUAAUUCCCGCUCCAGCUCAUCCACCAGUGGAUCCUAUGGACACCUCUCAGCUGGUACUAUCAGCCCUGCACUGAGUUUUGCAUAUCCUCCAACACCUGUGGCACUGCAAAUGCAUCAGCAGCUGAUCAGUCGGCAACCAGGCAUCGUAGGUUCUGCGUUUGGACACAGUCCGCCCCUUGUGCACCCAUCUCCUGCCUUUGCCACCCAGAGACCAGUUCCUGGCAUUCCUCCCUCCAGCCUGCCACCUACAGAACGUUCCACAGCCUCAAAUGACUCACAGAGUAAACCCACCAGUGAGUCGGCUGUAAGUAGCACAGGGGACCCCAUGCAGCACAAACGCUCCAAACUCAAACCAGAUGAGGAGCCGCCCAACCCCGGAGCCAUUAGCGUGCAGGAGCAAAUGGAUGGAAUGACGCUGGUGAAAGAGGAGGGUGAUAAAGAGGAGGGCAAGCCGGAGCCAGAGGUGGUGUAUGAGACCAACUGCCACUGGGAAAGUUGCUGCAGGGAGUUUGACACCCAAGAGCAGCUUGUGCAUCACAUAAAUAAUGAUCACAUCCAUGGAGAAAAGAAGGAGUUUGUGUGUCGCUGGGAGGAAUGUUCAAGAGAGCAGAAACCUUUUAAGGCCCAGUACAUGCUGGUAGUGCACAUGCGCAGACAUACAGGAGAGAAGCCUCAUAAAUGCACGUUUGAAGGCUGUUCAAAGGCCUACUCCAGACUGGAGAACCUGAAGACACAUUUGCGUUCACACACAGGAGAGAAACCCUAUGUGUGUGAACAUGAAGGCUGCAACAAAGCCUUUUCCAAUGCGUCAGACCGAGCCAAACACCAGAAUCGCACACAUUCCAAUGAGAAACCCUAUGUGUGCAAAAUCCCUGGUUGCACUAAACGAUACACUGAUCCCAGCUCUUUACGGAAACAUGUUAAGACUGUACAUGGUCCUGAAGCACAUGUCACCAAGAAACAGCGUGGGGAUACAUACCCGCGUCCCCCACCUCAGUCCCGAGAACCUGAAGGUAAUGGACAAGGUCAGUCACCUGGACAACUGCCUCUCAGAGCGAUCACUGACCAAAGGGAGUAUAACCAUGCUACCUCGAAACAGGACGAAUGUCUACAAGUCAAGUCAAUCAAAACAGAGAAGCCCAUGACGUCUCAGCCAAGCACUGGCGGUCAGUCUUCAUGCAGCAGUGACCAGUCCACCGGCGGCCCCCAUAUCGGCCGUGGAGUCCAGCUUGCUGUGAAAAGCAUUGGGCUUGCGGGGGAGGAGGCAGUGAUUGAGGACCAGGAAAAUGAAGAGAAGGAGGAGGAAGGAGAGGGAGAGGAGGAGGAUGCCCCCAUUAUGGACUCUACAGUAUCCACUGCAACAACCACAGCGGCAACACUAGCUUUUCAGACUCGUCGAAGUGUAGGACGGCCUCUACGCUGGAUGGAGCAUGUUAAGAUGGAGAGGUUAAGGCAGGUGAAUGGAGCUGUGCCUAGGCUAGGACAUAUGUCCCCAACACCACCCCCUAAAGGCCAGGCCCUGCCUGCCCUCACAGGAAAGGGUUCAUGCCUUGGUAGGAGUAGUUCUGUGGGGGUUCCCCAGCCUCCUCCAUGUCUUGAGCCGUCCAACACAGAGCUGACGGUGUUAAAUUUGCUGCGUGAACGCCGGGACAGCAGUGGCAGCAACACCAGCUCGGCCUACCUGAGCAGCAGUCGUCGAUCCUCUGGCAUCUCCCCCUGCUUCUCCAGCCGCCGUUCUAGCCAGGCCUCGCAGUCUGAGCACAACCACCAUCGGCAUAUUCACAAUCUCAGUGCCACUGACUCUUAUGACCCUAUCUCCACUGAUGCCUCACGACGCUCCAGUGAAGCCAGCCAAUGUGGAGGUGGAGGAAGUUCAGGUGGGAUGGUGUACAGUGGAAGUGAAGGUACUGGAGGAAGUGGGAUGGAGGCAAGAGGUGUUCUCAACCUCACUCCAGCUCAACACUAUCACCUGAAGGCCAAAUAUGCCGCUGCUACAGGUGGGCCUCCUCCCACACCCUUGCCAAAUAUGGAGCACAUGAGCCUAAAGACUCGUCUGGCUUUGAUGGAAGAUAAACAGAACAUGGGCCAACUUACACUACCACCACUGGUCAGGCCACGUCGCUGUAGUGAUGGUAUGCACAAUUUACAUGGCAGUCAAGCAGUGUAUCAACGAAGGGGAUUGUACCCUGUUGAAGGUCCAGGGAAUAGUGAUCGAAGAGCCAGUGACCCUGUGCGUAAACGGGAUACGAGUGCUUUUGGUUUGCCACAGUUACAGCGUUUCAGCAGUUUAAACAACAUGAAUUCAUUACCCCAUAUUGCUGGUAAUCAUUCUUUAGAUGGAGAAAAUAACAGUCUGAGCUUCCAGAACUACAUCUUUCAGAGAAGUCUACACUCGCCUUGCCCUCCCAGCAUCAUGGAGCAAUCAGCACUUGAGGACUUGGCAAUGGACCAAGAUGGUCUUCUGUUACAUGUUGAUGAAGACAUUCUGCCAGAUGACUUGGUGCAGUAUCUUCAUUCCCAAGAUCAAGAAUCGGAUCACAACCAAGACAACCAUAGCAGUGAUUCCAGUGCCCAUAGAUCCAGUUUUGACCAGGGUACUGCAGAUGUCCAGAACUUCCUCAACCCACAACAGCAACAGGAGGAGAUAGAAGGGGAAAUCACUAGUAAAGAUAUAAUGCCUAUCCAGUGGAAUGAAGUGACCUCUGGUAGUGCUGAUGUUUCUCCUCCCAGGCAGCAGUCUCAGAGGUGCAGAAGAUGGUCAGACCAGAGUGGCAUAGUGAGCAAUGCCUUUGGUCGCUUUGGAAACAUGGUUGUGCAGCAACAACUGCAUACAGAGUUCAUGGAUCAACACUCAACUCUUUGGAGAGAUGGUGUCGAACACAUGGCAGGUAUGAACUACAGAUGCAUACAUCCAGAGCAGCAUCAACAAAUUGCAAAGCCAUCCCAACAACAGCCCAGGACAAAUCCAGGCAUUAAGAAUGAGUCUUCUUCAAACUCCAAACUGGAAUCAAGGCCCAACAACUUUGGUCGACCAGACUUCUCUUAUAUCUCUUUGGGCCCCCUCCAUCCUAGCUGUACCCAGCAGACAACUAUAUCCCAAAAUAACCUUGAGCAAAAUCAAACAAUAACACAUCAAUUCAGCAGCAACCUUUCGUUGCAAAGACCAGCUAACUGCAGCUUGUCUCCGGCAACACUACUGCCUCACCAGGCCCAAAAUCCUAUGACUCACCCACCUGUCAAUAGUGGCCAUAGAGGCUUAUAUCACACACAACCCUACUUCAUUCAGCAGGUUAUCAAUGGUCAUAAUGCACAUUCAUGCCAGCAGCAAAGCUUGAGAAAUGGAAAUGGAACCAAUUGCUCUCUUGCAAAUCAGGUUUCAGGACUUAAGCUUGAGGCAGAGGAUUACCUUCAAACCAACACUUGCUCUUCUAUCCAGCGACAAAAGCCUGUGUUUAUUGCUAAGUGUUUUGACACGUCAGAGUCCAAAACUUCAUCUUCUCAUGAUACAGGACAGUCAUGUUUAAUGGAGUCCUUGACAGCUGAGACAGAAACACCUUCUGAGGCCCUUCUGUCCCCUGGGGUUGAUCAGGUGACCAGUACAGUAGAAGAAAGCCUUGGUGUCUUAGAUAAUGUCGGUUUAGAUAUUUGUUCCAUCCUUGAGGAUGGUUAUGAGCAGGGUAGUGUGGUGUCUGACAUAAUCAGUCCCAGUUUUUUCCAGGGUCUGUCUAGAACUUCCUCUCGGCUGACUACUCCCCGUGUUUCAGCUUCAUUUCAUCCAGGCACUAACAACAUGGCUAUUGGUGACAUGAGCUCACUUCUUACCACCCUCGCAGAAGAGAGCAAAUUUCUGGCUAUUAUGCAGUAAUCUGUGCACUCCCCCUCCAAAAAAUUGUUACGCUGUUAUAGAUAAGACAAAUUUAACAGACUUGUGUAUGUAAUGUAAAGAUGUGGGAUGAGAAAGAAAGUUAUUGCUUUAUAUUUAUUAAAAUAGUUUAUUAGGUGAUGUUGACAAAGUGUUGGUACACAAUCUUGAAUCUGUCUUAUCUUCCUAGAGGCAGUGACCAAUAAAUCCAUUCCAUUUCUGGAAUAGAGGCUAUUUUAAAAGCCCUUCUUUUAUAUCGUUAUAUGAUGAUGCAGAUGGAUUCACUGGUCUUCUUUUCAUCACAUUGAAACAGUAUUCUCUGUGUUGUUGUUGAUAUUUUUAUGUUUUGUUGUACAUUGUAGCUAGAAGUGCAUGAUAAUUUUCUUAUUAAGUGUACACAGUGUUCACUAAACUGAGUAGGUUAACUCAUUGUAUUAUGUAUCUUUGUUGUUGAGUGCAUUGCAUACUACAAAAAUGGUGUGAAUAUGCACAGACUUAACUGUCAUCAUGUCAAAACAGGGUGGAAUAUCACUCUUAACAGGCCCAAGUGUCAUAUUUUGAUUAUUCUAAAUGUCUUUUUAAGUGUCUUAUAUCAGAGAUGUUGCAGUGAUUAUAAUAUAAGUCUUACCAAAUGUUGUUGACCAAUUUUUCCCAACAUGGCAAUUAAGAGGGACCACUUUGUUGUGUAAGGGUAUGACAAGUUGACAAGUGUAGAGCAAAAUGCUAGAGCUGAUCACUUAAUAUCUCGAUUAUAUUGACUGUAUCCUUGUAAAUAAAUGUUAAUAUUUUUCUUCAUUUUUUUAUUUUGCAAAAAUUUACAUUUUGCAUAAUUUUGAUCAUAUUGUUAAUGACUGGUGCUGCUGUUAAGCAAUGCAUUACAUGACAAAAAAAAAAAAAAGCGUGAUCAUUUUAGUCAAUCUCAACAUGUUGCUUAUUGCACAAGUCAGUUUUUUAAUUUGUGGCCAAAAUGUGUUAAAAGCAAUGGUAUCAAUGUUUAAAUUUAUCUAAAUAUCUGGAAUAUCUGUAAUAUUAUUUGUUAUCUUGUUUACAACAGUCAGUUGUGUGCUGUUUUUGUCACAGCAGUGCAGUGAAUUUGUAGUGAGAUCUCAUUUAUGCCGUGGCUUUUUAGAUCAACCUGUCUUUGCUUAUCUAUUAAAAAACCUCUACCUUCCUCACUUCUGAAUUAGGACAUUUAUAAACACCAAGACGCAACAAGCUCCACUACAGGAGCUAAUAGACUUUUUAGCAGUAUUAAAAAUAUCCUGCAGUUUCUGCCUGCAUAUGUAUAGUUUUUAAAGGUGUACUCUCGUAAUUAGGUUCUGUUUGUUUUUGUAUGGUUAUUUGAACAUUUUCUGUAGUUGUGUAUUGGCAUCUUUGUUUAGUUUUGAACACAGAAGUGGUAUGACCUAUUCCUCUUUAAAAGGACUAGAGGCUUUGAGCCUAAGGUAUGUGCCUUAUUAAUGCUUGUCCAUACAAAAGAGACACUGCCAUUUUCUUCUUCUUCUUCUUCUUCUUCUUCUUCCUUUUAUGUUUCUUUUUUAAGGAAUUAAAGAGAAAAAAAUGUGUAUGGAAAGAGUCCUAUGACUUCACAUGUUAUAUGGAACACUACAUUCUGUUGGUUGGGCAUUGAGAAAUGUGAUGUGUAAGCAAUGUUAGUUGCUUUGUUGUUGUUUUUAAUAGUUAUUACAUUUGUUUUUAUGCUUGUAAAUACAUAUUCAUUCUGUAGACUUUAGUUAAGAGUUUAGGUGGCAUCAGGGGUCAGAAUUAGUAUAAAUAUCCUACUCUAUUAAGCAGGAAUCCCUGUGCCCUGUCUUACAUUCAAACAGGUGUUCAAAAUAGAAUCACGGUGCCUAGCACCCUUAG